AUGGGGAUAUUUGGAGUGACAGUGGGAGCUUUGCAUUACCUGGGGCUCUAUGUGCAACUCUGUGCUUCUUCACAAGCUCUGUUUACUGAGGUCCCUCAUGAUGUCUCAGCCAGAGCUGGGCAGGAUGUGGAGAUGGCCUGUGCUUUUAGGGGCAGUGGUUCACCAUCCUACUCACUGGAGAUUCAGUGGUGGUAUAUCCGAAACUCCAAGGACUGGACCGACAAACAAGCAUGGAGCUCCCACCAGAUGAAGACUUCUACCCAUGAGGAGCCUAGGAAGGACGCAACAAAAAUCAGUGCUGUGAAGGUAGUUGGAAGCAAUAUCUCUCACAAACUGCGAUUGUCCACCAUAAAAACCUCAGAUGAAGGCACUUAUGAAUGCAGAGUGACUGAUUACAGUGAGGGCAAACCCAGACAUCACAAAGUGAAAGCUUAUCUGAGGGUCAAACCUGAGCAGGAUCAUGAGAUGCUGCUACAUGAAGCUGCCGCCCACAUGCAGGAUACCAAGGUGCCGGGAAGUGAUAUGAAAGCUCACACGAAUCAUAUUGCUAAAUCCUCAUCUUUUUCCAACAGCCCUAAAUCUAUCCAAAUCAUGAAUGAACAAGCUCUGGAUACUGACUGUGAACAGAAUGAUCUGUCUCUUGAUGCUGAUCGGAGAGAAAGUCAAAAAAAAGAAAACCAGGAGAUUUUGCAUUAUCCAAACAACAUUCAUCAGUUGAAGUAUAGCCAAUAUGCACUGGCGAAAUGUGCAUUAUAG